GUUGUCUUUUCUGAGAAGAGUCAUGACCGGUCAGGGGCUAUCAUUCUAAGAUAUAAUAUUAAAAUCUGAAUAAAUUGUCAUCUCCUUCGCGAGCAAUGUCAGUGCCUUUAAGUUAACACUGUGAAGUGCUUGUUAUUUGUCUUUAGUGUAAAAUAAAGCAAAAUUUAAACGGAAGCCAGUAUGAGGCUCCUAAUAUUAAUAGCCUCUGUGUGGGCUUUAGCUUAUGCGAAGCCUGAAAUGUACAGAGAAAGUGAAGAUUUUCAGUAUUCAAGAAGUUCUUCAGACGAAGGCAAAAAGUCAGGAUUCUAUGGAUCUCAAAGAGGAAACAUGGGAGGUAAUUACGAACGGGCACACAAUAUGGACGGCUUAGCUCAGCACCAAAUGAGUACGGCUGUUCGUCAAGUAGAAGGUGAACUCGGCGAUGGAGCAAAGGAAAAGUCAGGCAGUGUUUUCACAGCAGCAAACUCAAGAGGAAUUUUUGGAUCCGGGCAUUACGAUCUCAGCAAUCUACAAGGACGAAAUUUCGACGAGAAUAGUAAUAGUGACUCACUAUCGCAUUCAUCUUUAACCUCUCAAAAUACUGGUUACAGAGGCCUGGCGCAUAGCUCCGGUUAUAACAGCGGGUACACAAAGAGUUCUAGACAAAGUACGGGUUUUGCGUCUGCCGAUUACUCUGCAGAUCAUUCUACUGAUUUUACUCAAAGUAAAAUUGUAGAUGGUGCACAACAAGCUUUCAACCAACACAGCUACGGUAACCAAGAGGCUUUAGGCAGUGAUUACAAAUAUUAUUCUCACGGUGGAAAUCGGGCACAUAAUCAAAUGGUUGGUGCAAAUCUUCACAGCGCUUACGAUUCACACGGCAGAAGAAUCACAGAUACUCCUGUAAGAGUUAUUAUGAGGCCAGGUACAAUUGUAACAGUACCAGUUUCUGCUCAAACAUAUGACGCUUCAUCUUCGUCAUUAAGAGGUGCAUCCUAUGGUCAAAACUCUUUAAAUACAGAAGCUGAAGAACUAAGCAAUAGUGGUAGCAGUGUUUAUGUAAAACCAAACACAGUCUAUUAUACUAAGCCAACACAUUAUGAAUCAUCCUACAAUUACCGAAAAGAAUGGGAGAAACACAACGCGCACCCAGAAGCAUAUAUUCCGACAGAAAACCCAUUCACAAAAAAUAGUGAACUUUAUGACGAUUCCCUUUUAUUACAAAACGCUAAGAGGCAAUACAAUGCGAUAGAUUCGAGCAGUGCUCACGUUGGUAGCGAUGUUCUCCGGUCUAAUAUUGGUCACUUAAAAAGCGUGAAUGCUGCUCAACAAUCUAAUAGCUAUAAUACAAAAUCGUCAUCGGGACAUCAAUCUCAAUAUAAUUAUGAAACUGCAGAUAACCAAAACGCAGCAGCAUCGGCACAUUCAAAUUCCUAUACACUGGGAACUCAAAAUACCGAAACUGCUGUUGAUGCAAACGACUUAGUGGAAAACAUUGACUCAAAACCGAAAAGUUAUCACUCUUCUUAUGCCUAUCAUAAGUCAUGGGAGCGACGUGGCGAUCCUUACGUAAUAAAACCCAUUGGUGGAGAUAACAGUGCGCAAAUAUCACAAAAACUUGUAUCUGCGUCUGCUAACCAAGGCAUGUAUUCAUCUCAUCAAUAUGGGUCUCUCCACAAUCAGGCGCAUCAGAGUUUAAUGAAAAGUGGUGUAGAUUGCGACGAAAACGGUCACGUCCGAGUUGCCCGGUCAUCCCAGGACCAUCCUCGGCAACAGGAUCAACAACAUGAGGAUCUAGGACAAGAAAUCCAAAAACAGUGGGGCGGAUUAGAGGACAUGGGGCAGCAGACACAAAAUAAAUGGGAUAACCUUCAAGAACAGUUUAGUCAACAAAGUCAGAAUUUAGAAGAUUUUGGUCAACAAAGUCAGAAUUUAGAAGAUUUUGGUCAAAAAAGUCAGAAUUUAGAAGAUUUUGGUCAACAAAGUCAGAAUUUAGAUGAUUUUGGUCAACAAAGUCAGAAUUUAGAAGAUUUUGGUCAACAAAACUUAGAAAAUUUUAAUCAACAACAUCAAAAUAUUGAAGAUCUUGGACAACAAAAUCUAGAUAGUUUUAAUCAACAACAUCAAAAUCUGGAAGAUCUUGGACAGCAAAAUAUAGAAAACUUUAAUCAACAACAUCAAAAUCUGGAACAUCUUGGACAACACAAUCUAGAAAGUUUUAAUGAACAACAUCAAAAUCUGGAAGACCUUGGUCAACAUAAUUUAAGAGAUUUUGGACAGCAAAGCAAUAAUCUUGGCCAGCAAUUAAAUAAUCAAUGGGACAAAUUUGACCAAUUUAAUGAAAAAUCAUCAAGCAUCGUAACUGAAGAAACACCAGAAUCCUUUCAAGAACCAAAGGUGAAUAAAGAAAGCAUAGGUCCUUUGUCAGACUUUAACCAACACCAAGAAAGUGACAAACAAAAAGCAAAUACCUUUUGGAAUCAACACCAAAACUUUGAUGCCCAUGAUUUUUCACAAAAUACUGAUCAAAUAGAAGGCUUUACAAAUGAAGACUUUCAAAUUAGAGACAGCCAACAAUUGCAAAAUCAAUUAGAAUUGCAAAAGAAAUUAAUCGGAACCAUGUAUGAUAUUUUAAGUAAACAAAAAACAAGUGACGACUUUCAACCUUCAACCUCUUAUAGUAAUCCAAUUAAUUACCAUCAUAAUAUAAACUACAAUGAUGGUGAAAACCAAUAUACAGGAUUUUCCCAUUAUAGUCACGAAGCUAGUAAUAAUGGUAUGAGUUCAUCAUGGCAGAAACAAUAUAAUAUUCAAGAAAAUAAUAAUAACAAGCCAACAGCACCGUUACAAAAUUUUUGGAGUAAGCUAGAUAAUUUGGAUACACAAGGAAUGAUAAAUACAAAUAAGGACACAAAAGAUGACAAUUUAUUCACACAAAUGUCAGAUAUUGACUGGAGUACCUCAAAUUGGGGGCAGUUUCAUGCACACCAUGAUAACCAUAUGUUUGACAGCUCCUUUGCUCAUAAUGAUGGAAAAAAUACUUUAACUUCUCAAAUUUUAAAGGCAACCACUUCAGUAAAUAGUGUAUUGCCAACAGAAAUAGUGGCAACAACAUCUAAACCUAGACAUAAUCCAAUAUCCAAUAUGCCUGUAAGCCCCAUUGAUAUUGGCCGUGGAGACAUAGGGGCAGAUGAAACAACUGAACCAAAGAAUGAAAAUGAACACACAAAUGUUUAUAUUCCUAAUUCACCUCACAGACAUUAUAAAUCUACAGAAGAAAUUGAAUCUUUGAGUUUAACAGAAGAAAAUGAUAACAGUGCAAAAGCAUCUGUAAACUCUCAACAGGCUACUGAAGAUAUGUGGAACCAAUUAUUUAAGCAUCAUAAUGUAAUAGAGCAUAACAUUGAGGAUAUGUCUUCAACUCAAACCUCUACAAGUACCAAACCAAUUAAAUAUAAACCAACAGAAAAGUAUAGUAAUACUUACACAGAUAAAGAUGCUAUUCCCAGUAUAGAGAAAAUAAAUAAACAAAAAGGUAUGACAUCUCAAGAGGUAGAAAAUACUGCCCAUAAAGUAGAACCAUUCUCAUUACAUAAUGAACAGAAAAAUAGUGAUCAACAAGACUUACUCCAUUCAUAUAACUUUGAAGAACAAAGUCAGGAACCAGCAAAAGAAAGUGAGACUCAACAAAAUGUGAAUGAACAAUUUGAAGAUUUCGGACAGCAACUUCAAAACACUUAUGACAUUGGACAAUCUAGCCAAUCCUUCUGGGAGCCAACUAAUUCAGAACAUAGUGAAGUACAACAACUAGAAAAUUUUGGAAGUUUUGAUAACAAUGACAACCAACAAUUUGAACCAUUAGAAAGAAGCAAUGAUAAACUUCAAAGUCAGAGUUUGUUGAACUUUGAACAACACAAAUCUUGGGAACCAGUAAUUAAUCAACCUAACAACCAGCAGCAACAACCUGUGUCUUCAACUAUUAAAACAUUAAGCCAAGAAUUAACUGAAAAACAAGGUCCCCCAUCCCACCCAAAAGUAAUUGUUCCAGAAGAAACAGCAACAGAAAAAGCAGGUUUUUGGAAAUCUUUUGGGAGCAAAUUUACAGGUGCAAAAGAAACAGUAGUAUCUUGGUUUAAACAUAGUUAAAAUAUAAUAAGCGUAAAAAUAACUAAAAUGUUAGAAUUAAGUUAUAUAAAACUAUUUUUAUGUAUUCCUUACCUCAGGUAAUGAAUUGAAGUAUUUAACAAAGGCUUGUUGCUUGACGGAGUCUGAAAAAAAACUAAGUAUUUAAGAAUAAUAUGUUUGCAUGAAAGAUGUGGAUAAACAUUACAAAUACUUAUAUAUUUGAA